GAGUUUUUAAGCCGCCAUUUUUUUUUUUUAGAUAAACAGAUCAAUGUGGACGACUUUGGGUUUUCCAUGAUUUAGUAAUACAAUCGCUUGCAUUAGCGUUUUAUCCCUGACAUAAUUUAUUUUUUAUUAUUUCUUUUUAAUGUACAGGUUUUCAGCAUGAAAUCUAUCUUUGUUACUGUAGGAACUACAUCAUUUGAUAAACUUAUUAGAAGAAUCUGUUCAUUGGAAGUGCUGCAGAUUAUUAAAUCACAUAACUUUACAAAAUUGGUGUUGCAAGUAGGAAAUGGCAGUUAUGAACCAGAACUUGAAAAAAACAAUGAUAUUGAAAUAUCAUGGUAUAGAUAUAAAGAAUCUCUACAUAAUGAUAUGAAAGAAGCUUCUUUAGUUAUUUCUCAUGCAGGAGCUGGUUGUAUUUUAGAAGCGUUACGACUUCAAAAACCAUUAUUAGUUGUUGUAAAUGAAGAUUUGAUGGAUAAUCAUCAAUUUGAAUUAGCUUCUCAAUUAGCAAAUAAUAAUCAUUUAAUAUAUUGUACCAUAAAGUAAGUACUGAAAAAGAAACUUUAUUAAAUUUAAAAUAUAUGUAUAUAUAAUUAAAGUGUUAAUAAAUUAUAAACAUUGAAAAUAUUAUACAUUGUUACAAAUAAGGCAUCUGAACAAGAACACACUAGAAGAGCAUAAAGACAACUAAAUUUAAGCAUAAAUGAAAAUAUAAAAAUUGUCUGUUGGCAUUACUGGUAAAUAUAUUUAAUUAUCAAGUACAAGCACUUUCAACAGUAUAUAAUCAUCUUCUUCAGGUAAUAUGGCAGAUGAGACAUUAUAAAUCUAGAGAUAGAACACAUUUUCUAAUUGCUCUUCUAGCACAAACAUGAAAUACGAAAUUAAAAAUAUAAAAUUAUAUGCCAUUAUAAAAUAAACAUAAUAUAUGAAGGCAAUGGUUAACAAAAAUAACAGAAUUAAUCUACACAGAAAUAAUUGAUAAGAAUAUAAAGAAAAUUUGAACAAAAUGUAAACAAUGGAGCCCCUUAUCACUAAUAUGUUCUUGUCACAUGACUGCAUGACCUACAAUUUUAUCAAGUAGAACAGUUCAACCCAUAGUGCUGGAAUAUCAAGUAUGGGAAAGUUGCAUGGGAACAUGGAUGUAAUAAACAAAGACUCCCAAAUGAACAAGAUUCUCCUAUCCCCACAGUGUUUUAUUAGCAAAACUAGUGACCAAAGAGGAUCAAAGUUAUAUUUCAUCAAUUUUUGGCUAGCUCUUUUGAACAUCUUUCACAUGUAAUAUCUUCACGAUAAUCUGCUAGACAGACAUGAAACAUUCUAGUAUCUAUUCAACUUGCUAAAAACAUAGUUAAAUGACAAGAACAUACUGGUGACAAGUGGCUCCAGUGUUUACAUUUUUAUACUGUUGAAAGUGCUUGUACUCUUAAAUCAAACAUAUUUACCAGUAAUGCCAAUAGACAGUUUUUAUAUUUUCAUUUAUUUUUAGUAAGUGGUAUUGCUUGUUGUUUUUAUCUCAUUAAAUUUAAGUAUUAUAUUAUUAAUAAUAUAAAAUUGAAAUUUUUCAAUGUAAUUAUAUCUUUGAUCAAAUUUUUAAUGCUCAAGGAGUUAAGUUUUAUCAUCAGAUAGUAAAGUCAAAGUCCAGUUAUGGAAUUAUAGAACAGCAUCAAAUAUAUAAAAUUAAUUUUUUUUAGACCCUCGAUUUAUUAAAUGUUUUAAUAUAUUACAAAUACAGUAGAAGUUUGUUAAUAUAGCAGCUAAGGACCAGAAUGCUUCCAGAUAAUCAAAAAUACUGGAUUACUGGACAUUUUUAUAUUUUUACAAAAUUCAAUAAGUUAUAUGCAAUCUGAGCAUUGCAGACAUUGCUGUACAUUUUGUACCAGUACAUGCUACUGUAUACUCCUGAUUUGUUUAUGUAUGCUUUUUAAUUAGUCUGAAGAUUAUACAGUAGUGUGUUAAGAUUGAUUGAAAAGCCUGUAAAAACAUUAAUGAACAUGUUAUUGCACAAAAUUAAGAUUCAAAAAAGCUACACAUGCUCCAAGUAUCCGAAACUUGUUUUUAGUUAUUCUGUCUUUUCAUUGGUCUGUGGGAAAGAAAAUAUAUUAGUCAAACACAUUAUUGAACAUAACACACAAGUAAUGUUCUGGGAAAGUAAUGCAUAUCCAGCACAAUACAAUACAGAGUAAGUAUAGUUUACUGGAUUACACUAGAUGGGAGAUUGAAAUCCUAACUAUUUUUGUGACAUCAUUGUUGGAACUAUUUCAUCUGUUGGGAUUGAGUUGUAUUAAUAGAUGUCUCCACCAGAUGGUAUUCUUAUAAAGUUUGUUUUUGGGCCUUUUGGAACAUGGCUGUGAUGUGUAAUUACUUAUAGCUCUAUACUUCCUUUGCAUAGUAGUCUCUAGACUAGUGCUCCAUGUGUCCAAACAGAUUCCAGUUUAUGCAAUACUAACAUACCAGAUUAUUAUCAGUCAAUUCUGAAUUAUGGCUACUUUUUAGAGGAUGACAAACUACCAGACAUUCCAAAUUAUUAGGUGCCAUUUACUAUACAGUCAUGUGCUGCAUAACUUUGUUUGGGCAAUGUCUGACUGCAUAUAUAUUUGUGGUCCUAUAAAGUUAUAAUAUUAUAGAAUAGGAAAUUUAUUACUGUGAAAAUCUUUGGAAACAUUGAUCUCAAGUAUCUUGUGUAAAAGCAACUGUGCUGUCAUAUGUAAAGUUUAUGAUGCAACCAACAUUGCCAGAUCUUAAAAUUUAAAGUUUACAGAAAAUUUUGAAAAAGUUUUCGGAUUUAAAAUAAGCCAUUAUAAGUCAUUCUAUAACAAAUAAAUAAAGGUAUGACACAGGAAUAAUAAUAUGUCAAUAAUAAAUAUUUUAAUUAAUAAAUAUA